GCGUGUGUGGUCAAAAAGACAGUGCAAGGUAGGGGUCGGGUGGCGUUUGUGAUGGCAAAAUUUUUGCAAAUGCACGGUCACUGACAUUAGCACCCACAAUGGACCAGCAAUUCUGUUUGCGCUGGAACAACCACCCAACCAACCUGACUGAUGUACUAGCAAGCUUGCUCCAGCGUGAGGCACUCUGCGAUGUAACACUUGCCUGUGAUGGGGAAACAGUCAAGGCACAUAAGACUAUUCUCUCAGCAUGUUCACCAUAUUUUGAAAGCAUAUUUUUACAAAACUCCCAUCCACAUCCCAUAAUAUUUCUAAAAGAUGUGGGGUUCUCGGAGAUAAAGUCACUCUUGGAUUUUAUGUACAAGGGUGAAGUAAAUGUUGGCCAAAAUAUGCUACCUAUGUUCCUAAAGACUGCUGAAAGUUUACAAGUAAGGGGUUUAACAGAAAACAAUACAUUAAAUGCCAAGACGGAGGAGCGUUCGACGCCAUCGAUGGGCGCGGAGAAUUUAUCUCGUACGGAGUUUGCGACGCCGCCUUCGGCGCACGGCACAACGCACGGGGCGACGCACGGCUCAGCGCACGGCGCGACGCACAGCUCGACGCACGGCUCGACACACGGCGCGACGCAUGGGAGAAGCACUCCCUUGCAAGCACCUCCAGCGCUCGUCCCGCCGGAAAAGCGACGUAGGAAGAACUCUACAGUACCGCGUGACGACGUCGAUCUCACAUACCGGCAUUAUGAGGCGCACUCGAAGGGUGGUAAGGGCGGGUCUACGGGGUCCGGGUCGGAGCCGUCGACGCCGCCGCCGGCGCACACGCCGCAGCGCCUGACGCCGCGCUCGCCGCACGCGCCUCACGCGCCGUUGGCGCUGCCCGCGCUGCCCUCGCACACGGCGCACGUCAAGCAGGAGCCGGACUCGCCGUACGCCGCGCCGCACUCCGCGCCGCACUCCGCGCCGCUGCACCCGCCGCCACAGUAUGACCAGUCGCAUCUACCAGGCAUGGGAGUAAACGAAAUGGCAUCCAUGUUGACCCAACAUCCACUUAACAACGAGUGUAACGAGAAUGAAACCAUGUUGCAACCACAUCCAGAUCAAACUGACACCAUAGAUGGCUCGAAGGGCUGGCACAUGCGGCUGACGUUCGAGAGGGUGGCGGGCGCGCUCAACCUCCACCGGUGCAAGCUGUGUGGGAAAGUGGUCACACAUAUACGCAACCACUAUCACGUCCAUUUCCCGGGACGGUUCGAGUGUCCGCUGUGCCGCGCCACGUAUACGCGCUCGGACAACCUCCGCACGCACUGCAAGUUCAAACACCCCGCGUACAACCCGGACACGCGCAAGUUCGAGCCGACGCCGCCCGCCGCUCCGGCGCCGCACGGCACGCACACUACACACGGCACGCACGCCACGCACGCCAGCCACGGCAACCAUACUGCGCCGCUCUUCGCCAACCACCUCGACGCGGGCUUCGAUUGAUUGUCCAUGUACUGGCUCGGCCUCGAUGCUCUAUGAACAACCCGGCCGGCCAGACCAGCCCACUAGUUACUGAUGUGUCAAAAUUCUAAUGGACGACGUAUCGCGUUGACUUUCCUAUCUAGAAUUAAGCUGAAGUGCUAUUACUUAAGCGGGCCUUAAAAAAAUUCAGUUCUUAAUAGCCCAUCUACGAUGGGCGACUCGUUUUAGUAUUGUCUCGGUUGUGCAUUUGACUUGCCCCAGUGUGACCUUAUAUAAUUCGCGUAAUGAAAUUUUUAAUGAAACGAUUUCGAAAAAGGAACGUAUAUCCUUUGCGUCGAUGUCGCUUAAUUAACUCGAAACGUAUAUAAUGUAGGUAAGCAAAUUUUUUUCUAUACCAAUCGCUAUACGGGAACGGGCAAAAGCAAUAAUACGAUGUUAAUUUUAUUACCAUAUUAUUUUUUAUAUUAUAUCGAUAGAAAUCUUAAGCUAUUUAAGAAUAUACAAUAUAAUUGAGUAGCGGUGCGACCGCGAAGUGAUGCUGGCUAUUCAACGGUUGCCCAUAACUGGGCAUUCAUUGUCUUGUUAUAUUUAUUCAUUAGAUAGGAAAUUAUGAGUUUCCUGUAGCCAAUUGUAUUUAUGUUAUUAUAUCCUUUAAGAGGUGCGGAACGACAACAGAACAGGUUAUCGAGGACUGGCUAGAGAUUGUGAUCUGUCGUUGGUCAACGACAUAUAAAUAUUGACUGAAUCUCAGCGUAGAUGCAUUUAUAACUCUAUGAGGCCUUUGCAAGAUGGAUAAUUAUUAAGGAUUUGUGAUGUAUUAACGGAUAGCGCCUAAGGAAACAUACGAAAAGAUUUUUUAUACUAGACUAGUUGAUCUAUUUACGGAGAUUGUUUUUUUAUACUUAGAUAUAUUCUAUUGUCUGAUUGAAUAUAAUUUUAUAUUUAUAUAACUUUAAUAUGAUUUAUUAGUGUUGUUUGUUUUUAUUGAUUCAACCUAUGGUAACAUGAUUGAUUUCGUUUAUAUUCAGUUGACGGUUAAAUGUAAUACAACUUGAGAUGUUAACAUGUUUAUUAUUUUAUCGUUGGUAGAUGUUUUUAAGUUUAGUUGUCAUAACGGGUCGCCAGAACCCAUGUGUGAACGGUGCUUUGAGGUCAAAGACCUCGUUUCAAUUAUUUUAAGGUAGGGUGGAACGUUCGAGGUUGCGCAUUUAGUAACUAAUAUUGGCAUUCUACGAUUGGGACUAACCUAGCGUUUAUGUAUGUAUUUUUCAAUUAAGAUUUAAGAAUGUUAAAUUUUUAACUAAACACUUAGAGUGGUACGGUAACUGAAAUGUGAUAAAAUGGAAUGGUGCUAGAACCAAGAGUGUUAACACGCUACGAUUCGACUCCUAUUUGUAAUAUUAAUGUUUUUAUGAUUAGUUUGCAUUAUUGUAAGGCAUCUAGCAUCCAGUUGAGGUCGCAUCUGUUUGGUCAACGGGUAAUAACGCAUACGUCGUUACACAACUAGAGAUUACAGUAUCACUCGAGAUUUUUUACCUUAAUUUUUCAGACCUUCAAAUUGACUAAUAUAAGUAGAAUGUAAGACACCGUUUGUAUAGAUCAAAUCCUACUCAACCAAAAAGGAAACGUCUAUUGUUCCAUAUUAGGAGCAUAGUAUUCAGAUAGCUUUCCGCGAUCGUUUCCCAUAUUUUCUAAGUUGUGGCGUCAAUGCUGUUUUAGUAGCUGUGAACAUGCAAUUUCACUUGUGCAAUUUUUUUAAUAGUCAUCUCAUACCUAGAUUUACAAUUGUCUAUUAAAUAUAGGGGCCCACUUGAAAGAUAAGCACUAAGCUCCUGUGUCCCGUAAGGAUAUACAAUAUCACCAAACAUUUCUUCCACAAAGAUUUUUAUAUUUAUUUUAGUGAUAAUAGAGAUUUUUAUAUACCUUAUCAUUCAAUUGUAUGCUGUGGGCGCUUAUUAUUUGAUAGCAUUUCAUACUCAGUGCAAUAUUACUAGUUAUUUAAUUACGUAACCAAACUAAAGGAUAUUUUAAAAGUAAAGAAUGUCUUUGAAAGAGAGUAAAUUACAAUUUUUGUAUUUACAUAUUAUGUAAAGUGCUACUCCUAACUUCUAUUUCUACAUAUGAAACGCAGUUUGGGUUACGGUGUUGUACAGGUUUUAUAGCUGGUAAUAUUAAGGAUUAGCUUGUUUACCUCUGCCAAUCGUAAUAGUUUAUGUACUGUUUAUUAAUUUAUUAUUGUCGCGCAAUUUAAAGUCUAUUGUUGAAAUAGAUCAUAGCUAUCCGGUACGGGUUCAAUGCUCGGUGGUAGACUCCGCCGAAUUGCGUCAAACGCUUCAUCUAAUCGUGAAUGCAUUUUUUGUAUAUUACUAUCACUCGAGACCAAUUUUUAAUAUUGAAUUUGCUAUAGCAAAUUGAUUGACUAGUAAUAUAGAUUAUUUUAGAUAUUUUAGGUUAGGAUACUAUGAUAGUGUCUGGCCAGAAUAUUUUGGAGUAUCACAUCGUUUGGCUCAGAAAAUAUCGCCCUUUGAUCUCUUUUCAGCUUUCAGAAAGUGUGCAACUUAAUAAAUAUAUGAUGACCACGUAAUUGGACUUAUUGAAAGCUAACUUUAUGCCAUAUGGAAUUUACACAUAAGGUUAACGAAUUACUAAAUUUAGUCUAUUGAGAGUAAGGUCUUGAGGACCUAGUCACUUAUUUGGCCAAUCUAAUUGAAUAUUCCAAUUUAUUGUAUAAUGAAAAUUUACCUUUAUGUCACAUGGAUGUGAUGUUAUCAAUUUGAAAUUCAAUGGAGUGCAGGACAAGCUCUGUAGUUAUUUUCAGGAUAGCAAUGGUCUAGUUAUGUUUAUUUUGUUUCUUUAUAACAUUUAGCAAAUUUGUUAUAGUGUCGUGUAUCACAAUAGUAUAUAUACUGAUAGGGAGGGGGUGUCAAAUCGUGUACCUAACAACUGGCGAUCAGUCUUGUUAUAUAUUUACAUGAAAUUUUAUGAACGAUUUGUUGUUUAUGGAAUAGUUUGUGUCUUGGUUUGAUGCCUCCAUUAAAAGUUUAAUUUAAAUAAUUUUGUUUUAUGCAAUCAGUUAAUGCAAUUUUUUUUUAUUUCACAUUGUUUGAUGUUAUGUAAUGCAAUUUUAACAUGUUGCAAACUCCUGCAUUUAUCUGUUGUAUUUAUUACUAAUUUUUACAUUAAAUUGUGGUAUGUUACAAUUCGUGUAGUUUCAGUUGUGCGGUGUCACGCACCCCAUCCUCAUUUCUAAGUCGGUGUUAAGAGAAUGCACGGACCGACAGCUUGACACACUUCGCUGUCAUUAUCUGUACUCUAAACAGCAACACUUCAAGUUAGAGAACCACAUAAUACAUUAGCAAUAUGCAUGCACUAAAUUUUAAUGUCCGAGAGUCAACUAGAAGUAUUGCUGUUCUGUUGAAAUUCAGAAGUCAAUUAAGAAAUACAUCCAAGGUUUGGAGACCCUAAUUUUAUGAAAUUUCGAUUUAGCAUACAACAGUAGUUUUUUCUAAAGGCCCAACCUAAAUUCAUCCAUUAAAAAAGCAUGUCCAUCUUUUGCUUCCUUCUUAAGCGUAGUAUUGUAAUAUUGAACAUGCUCAAUAUUGAAACUGUUUGCUACAAAUAUUAACUUCCUCCAUUUAACCGGUUCCAAGCCUUGGAAUUAAAGCUAAAAUCCUGCGCGAACGAGGGUCCUGUAGCGAGCCGUGACGGUCAUUGGUUGCAGAACGCUCCCACGUGCCAACUGCGCAGUAUUCGUACCACAGUAUGUUCGUUGCGGCGGCCGAGAGCACGGCACUGUGGCGUUGCAAGUCCUGCGGCAAGGAAGUAUCAAACCGCUGGCAUCAUUUCCAUUCACACACCGCGCAACGUUCGGUCUGCCCAUAUUGCCCAGCCACCUACAGCCGAAUCGAUACGCUGCGCGCUCACUUGCGCUUGAAACACGCCGCGCUUCUACUCAAACAUUAAACGUUGCACACACAAACGGCCCCCGACCUCUACCUUGCUCUGGAAAUAUACACACACACGCAAACAACACACAACACAUUUAUUUAAGUAUUCGAACGAAAACUAACUUGUUUCUUGUUGUCCGUUAUUUUAGUCAUAACGUUUUACAUUCAUAAUUAAAUGAGUAGGUAAUUUAUCGCACGUUUUCGUGCAUUAUUUAUUGUUCUAGUUAAGUGCAAAAUAUAAAUAUGUAUGUUUAUAACUAACAGGGUAAAUUGACAUGAACUCGAUAAGAUUUUCAAAAAGCUUACCUUUAGCUAACGAUAAGAGGAAUUUAUGACGUGUAUUAUGAAGGAUUUUAUUCUAUAUUCUCUUAAGUCUUAAAUAUUAUAAAAAUUCAAAUGAUAAAUUUGAUUAAACCGACGGUUGUUAUUACCUUUUAAUAAUUUGUAAAUUAGGUUAUGUUUUAUAGCGUCAUUUUUGGUCAUGUACGGAUGUCAUGUUAUAUUUGUGGCCAAAUUUGAAAAGUUUAGGUAUUGUGUAAUUAUUAAUAUUUUGCAUAAUAUAGUAAGUAUCAGAUUAAUAAGUUGUAUGUAGGCAUAUUUACUUAUAUUGGUAAAGUGAACGUUUCUGGUGGUGUGCAACACUAAGACUGAGAUGGCAACAACUUGCGAAUGAUGUUACCAUUGGAAACAAGGUCUGAUAUAUUAUGUAGCAUAAUUUAAAAUUCAAUUAUGCCAAAUUAAUGUAACUUUCCUCGAAAAACAACGUGUUCUAAUCAAAUUUUAAUAUAUGACACGUUCGAUUAUAAAUCGUAAUCACUUCAUCUAACUUCUUAAGGAUCAUUUCAUCUCAAAAUUAUAUUUUUGUAUAAGUAUUGUCUGCGAAAAAGUAACUGUUUAGCUUUUAAUGGUCCAAUAACAUUCGGCUAUAUGAUAAACUAUAAGAUGUGUAUAAUACACCAUACUUAAUCGAACAUUAACGUGUACAUAGCAUUCAUGUCUCACUUCAUAUAAUAUUUAACCACAUAGUAUCUGUUUUAUAGAGAUAAGUACAUUUACUUGAUGUUACAAGUCCCAAUCUAAGAAUGUAGUUAAAUACAAUAGAUUAUCCUUUUCUGCAAAAUACUCGUUCCUUAGAACAUUUUUAUUUAGUUAGAUAAUUUUCGAAUCGCUAAAUGAAUUGUCUGGAUAUUGGAGACUUUAAGAUCAAAACAUGUCCUAGUAUAAUUGAUAUAAAUUUAAAACAAAAAUAUUUAAUGCUGUAAAUAAAUUCAUGGAACAU